CCUGUGUGCCUGCAGGACCAGGACUGGGCUUUAGGCAGUGCUGGGGUCGGACAGGAUCAGGACCGGUGGGACAUGAACAGAAAGAAAUCCUCACGUCGUUCCCCUUAAAAGCCCACCGAGAGGCGGACAGACAGAAACACAAUGAGGGACGCGGGAGGAGAAGGAGGAGGAGGAGGAGGAGGAGGAGGCGGAAAAAUCAGUAAAACCGAGAAGGACCAGAGCUGGAUCCCAAAAAUCAUCAAGAAAAGAGUGUGCACCACCUUUGUGGAAAAUGCCUCCAGUAACGGCGCCCUGUGUCAGUGCGGCGGGUCGAGAGACGCCCACGGCUCUGUGGCCCUCGGGGACUAUUUCGGCACGGCGAUCGUGAACCGGUGGGACAGCGCCCAGCACUCCUCCGAGUACCCGACUGACGCCUUCGGGGAGAUCCAGUUUGCUGGAGCCAGCAAGAGGCACAGCUAUUUUUUGCGUCUGUCAUGGGACACGCCCCCGUCUAUGGUCUACACCCUGAUGACCGCUCACUGGGGCCUCCCUUCUCCCAACCUGGUGGUCUCCGUGGUCGGGGGAGAGGGCAAGACGAAGGUGAAAACCUGGGUGCGGGAGGUCAUCCGGCAGGGACUCGUGAAGGCCUCGCAGAGCACAGGAGCGUGGAUCCUGACGGCCGGCUUGAGAGAAGGCGUGGGCCGAUGUGUCGGGGAGGCGGUGAGGGAUCACGCCACCGCAGCCUCUUCGGUGUCCCUCAACAAGGUGGUGGCGCUGGGCAUUGCUUCAUGGGGCCUCGUGCACAACCGCGAGCAGCUGGUCAACCCUCAGGGCAGCUUUCCGGCAAAAUACUACAUCAGCAACGCGGCCGGGGAUUCCUGCUGCCUGGACAACAACUACCAGGCCUUCCUGCUGGUGGACGACGGCAGCGUGGUCAACAAGGGAGGGGAGACGGGCUUCAGGGCCAAGCUGGAGGACUACAUCUCCCACCAGCGCACGGGCAUAUGGGGCAGUGGAAGUAUUGACAUCCCCGUUCUCUGUAUGCUGGUAUCAGGAGAUGCAAGCAUGCUAGAGAGAGUGGAUCUCUCUCUGAAGAACUCCAUGCCCUGGCUGGUGCUGGCCGGCUCCGGGGGCAUGGCCGACUUCCUGAGCGACGUCCUGGAGAACCUGUCCUCAGUCCCGGUCGUCCAGUCCUCCAGCGAGGUGGACGGCGAGGUGGCGCCCAGCGUGGACCUGAAAGACAGAAUGGCAGAGCGGGUGAAGAAAUACUUCCCUCUGGAAACGGAGACGGAUAAACUGGUCGAGCGGGCUCUGAGCAUCUACCAGAACAAAGACUUCAUCACCAUCUACCACGGAGAGCAGGAGGGCCCCAACGACUUUGACACCGUCCUGCUCAAAGCGUUAGUGAGAGCCAGUAAGCAGCGAGCGUCGGUCGACGCCAGCCCGUACAACGAGGAGCUGAAUCUGGCCGUCACGUGGAACAGGGUGGACAUCGCCAAGAGCGAACUCUUCAACGGAGACAUCCUCUGGAGGUACAGAGACUUGGAGGACUCCAUGACAGACGCCCUGGUCAACGACAAACCCCAGUUUGUGAGACUUUUCACUGAAAACGGCCUGAACAUCCUGGACUACCUGACUUAUGGUCGGCUGGAGAGUCUGUACCGCUCUGUGGCCGACGGGACGCUGCUCUACCAGCUGCUUCAGCGCCGCCUUGUGGAAAGGCUGGGAACUGCAGGGCCCACUUAUUCGCCGUCCAGUGUGCAGGAGUCCCCCUCCAAAGUGGCAGCGGACGGCAUGCAGAAUGGUCCAGCCACUGACAUCAGCCUGUUUGAGGUGUCAGGAGUCCUGGAGCUGCUGUUGGGUGAUGUUUGUCAGCCGUUCUACUUUGAUGCUUUGGAUUUGCACAUGAUCACUUCCAAAAGAAGAGCUCUGAGGCGUGUCAGUAAGCUGCUGCGUGGAGACUGUUUCUAUCGAGACAGGCGCUGCCUCUACCCCUGGGCUUCGCUCUUCAUCUGGGCCGUCCUGCAGAACCGCAGCGAGAUGGCCACUUUAUUCUGGGAGAUGGCAGGCGAGUCCGUGCUGAGUGCGCUCAGCGGCUGUAAGAUACUGAGAGAACUGUCCAAACUGGAGGUGGAGACCGAGACCAAACUGUCCAUGAAGGAGCUGGCUCAGAGGUUUGAGAAUCUGGCUCAUGACGUCUUCGGCUCUUGUUAUCGGAGCAACGAGAGCCGCUCCUUCACGCUGCUGAUCCGGAAAUCUCCCGUCUGGGGCGGAACCACCUGCCUGCAGAUGGGCAUGGGCGCUGACGCUCGGCUGUUUUUCAGCCAUGAUGGAGUACAGUCUCUGUUGUCCCAGAUCUGGUGGGGUGACAUGAAGAGAAACACAGAAGUGUGGAAGCACAUCCUCACCUUCUUCUGCCCUUUCCUCUGCUACACAAACCUCAUCUCUUUCAGGUCCGAAGAGGAGCAGCAGCAGGAGCAGGAGGGGAAGCCCAGUGAGGACGGGCCGGGCCGGGACAGUGACAGCCUGUACGGCACCACCGUCUUCUCUUUCUCUGACAUCAAGCACAUUGAAGCCGACGCACAAAUGCCCACCACUCCCAGGACGGCCACCAUCAGAGGCGUGCCCCAGCCCCGCAGGCCGCCCAAACGGCCCUUCAUCGUGUCCCGCUGGCGCCAGUUCUGGUUCGCGCCCGUCACCUCGUUUUUGGGCAACGUCCUGAUGUAUUUCCUCUUCCUCCUGCUGUUCGCCUACGUCCUGCUGGUGGACUUCAAGCCGCCGCCGCCCUCGGGCCCGGCCGUCACGGAGUACGUGCUUUACUUCUGGGUGUUCACCAUCGUGUGCGAGGAGAUCCGUGAGACUUUCUUUGUGGGGACGAAGACUUUGCGCCAGAGGUUCAGAGUGUACAUUCAGGACGUGUGGAAUAAAUGUGACCUCACCGCCAUCACGCUCUUCAUCAUAGGACUCAUCUGCAGGAUGUUUGAAUGGUCCUACGGAUUUGGCCGGGACGUCCUGUGUGUGGAUUACAUGGUUUUCACCCUGCGCCUCAUUCACAUUUUUGCCAUUCACAAGCAGCUCGGACCCAAAAUCAUCAUUGUGGGCAAGAUGAUGAAGGACGUGUUCUUCUUCCUCUUCUUCCUGGUCAUAUGGCUCAUGGCGUACGGGGUCGCGAAUCAGGCUCUGAUUUACGCGUACGACCCUCACCUGGAUCGCAUAUUUCGCAGAGUCUUCUACAGGCCUUACUUGCACAUCUUUGGGCAGAUCCCCGUUGAAGAGAUGGACGUGGGAAAGGACUGGGAUAUGCCCUGCACCGACAACGUGACGCUGAUCAAUGACGGAGCAGAGCCCUGCAGGACCCUCUACAGCAACUGGCUGGUCGUGAUCCUGCUCGUCAUUUACCUCCUGGUCACCAACAUCCUGCUCAUCAACCUGCUCAUUGCCAUGUUCAGCUCCACCUUCUCCGAGGUGCAGGCGCACAGCGACGUCUACUGGAAGUUCCAGCGCUACAACCUGAUCGUUCAGUACCACUCGCGGCCCUCCCUCGCUCCGCCGUUCAUCAUACUGUCACACAUCAACCUCUUCAUCAAAAGGGUCAUUCGGAAGGUGCCUUCUGUCAAGAUCCACCACUUUGUGCUGCAGUUACGAGGCAAAGCGGCCAACAGACUGACUACGUGGGAAACCAUCCAGAAGGAAGACUUUCUGACGGCCCAGAGCAAGAUCCAGAAAAGCAGCGACUCGGAGAGGCUCAAGCGGAUGUCUGCGAAGGUGGAUGGAGUUCUUAAGCAUCUGAGUGAAAGUCGAGACUUUGACCACAGGCUCAGAGCUCUGGAGAGCGAGAUGGAGUACUGCUCCAGCGCUCUCAGCUGGAUUGUGGACACUUUGGCUCAAAGCAGCACUUUCAAACCUCCCCGGGCCCCUCCCACAUUGAGAGAUAGUUUCCCCUCUUCCAGCUCAACCUGAAUGGUCCCUUUUGAAGCCUGCAGAAACUCGCCUGCAGCCCACCUGUCACACAACCGUCCGGCCACCGAUGUCGCUGAACUGCCUGAACUUACCAAAGACGAGAAACGCUGAACUGGAAGGAAGAAGUUCACACACAUUCUUGCACAUAAGAGUUUUAAAUUUGACCCCAGUUCCAGAAAGGUUAGGAUGACGUGUGAAUUGUAAAUUAAAACAAUUAAAGCAGAAUGCAGAGAGUAUUGGAGGAGACUUGUGGCCUGCACUGACAGAUUGCGGGAAAAUGUUACAAGAAAUAUUCCAUCCAUCGAUUUUAUUUAUUUUUUUAAUUAUUAACCUGUUGUAGAAAUCCAUAGAAAACCCCACACAUGCAUGAGAAGAUCUUACAAACUCUGCAGAGAUUACGUCGUGAUAAACCUCAUCAUUUCUACAUUGGAGACGCUGCCUCUUUUUUUUCUUUUUUUUUUUAAUCCCCAUCAUGUUCCUAACCUGUAGCCCAUCAGCCAAUGUGGUGGCUAAAUGCUUCUCCAGGUUCUCCACUUAUUUAUAUUUUUGGCCUCUGCUCAGAUUUUUUUUUUUUUUCUGGGAAAGCUGCCAUCAAAUUCUCAUUGAGAAAAAAAAUUAAAAAAAUUCUGACAUAUUUCACUGCCAAUCCACAUCUAUUUACAUUUCACACAUCUUCCAACCUGUCUGGGACUUGAACGUCUUAUAAGUUAAUGAAAUGAUAUCAGACAUGAUGUAUUUAAGAUGUGGCUCUCUGGACUCGAUGUUACUCCUGCUGUGGUUUGAAGCCAUCGGCUGUGAUUCACUGUAUUUUUAUGCAGGUUUUUCAUUGUGAUGUAAGAAUGCUGUAAUGUUGUUUACAAAUUGAUCUUGUGGUUACCACUUUUGUAUUCUGUUCAAUAAAUUGUGCCUACAUUUUAAAA